AUGUCAUACAAAAACAAAAUCAAUCCUGAUCUUGUAAAGGAAAGAAAGAAAUGUAGUUUUAAUACCUUAGAGCUAACCCAUUUAAUUGAUGGUGGAGUGGAGAAAACUAAUGAAAGGAAAAGUAGGGAAUCCUUUUUUCUGGAUGACGCUUCACUGCGAUCAAAGGUGCCUUUGGAAUAUUUAAGUCAUAAAGAAAAAUAUGAAGAAGCUGUACGCCAAUCCUGUCUGCUGUUUAGAAAAGUUCAAGAGCUUCAAAAUCAGGGAAAAGGAGGCAUGGACAAUUUCAGAGAAAUACUGGGGGGACAACUUGGAUCUGCAAUCUUGAAAGAUGGUAAUCCCUUAACUCUUCAUUAUGUAAUGUUCAUACCUACUUUGAUGGGACAAGGAACUCUUGAACAGCAAGCAGAAUGGAUACAAAAAGCUUGGUCCUGUGAUAUAAUUGGAACAUAUGCACAAACUGAACUUGGACACGGCACAUUCAUUAGAGGACUGGAAACUAUUGCCACUUACGACUCAAAAACUGAAGAAUUUGUCUUAAAUUCGCCAACAAUUACAUCUUAUAAAUGGUGGCCUGGAGGAUUGGGACAUUCAGCGAAUUAUGCAGUUGUGGUAGCUCAGUUACACACGCAGGGCAAGAACCAUGGUAUUCACCCGUUCAUAGUACAACUGAGAGAUGAGGAAACUCACGUACCUCUACCAGGUAUUAAAAUAGGAGAAAUAGGAUGUAAAUUAGGAAUGAACAGUACAAACAAUGGAUAUUUAGGGUUUGAAAAUGUUAGAAUACCCAGGACUCACAUGUUAAUGAAAAAUAGCAGAGUUUUACCUGAUGGCACCUAUGUACAGUCUCCUAGUAAUAAGCUAACUUAUGGGACAAUGAUUUUUGUUAGGGUGGUCUUAGUACAAGACGCAUCUACAUAUUUGAAAAAAGCUUGCACUAUUGCUACUAGGUAUAGUGCAGUCAGGCAUCAAUCACAAAUAAAACCUGAUGAACCUGAACCGCAAAUUUUAGAUUACCUUACUCAGCAGAAUAAACUCUUUCCUCAAUUAGCUGCCUGUUUUUCCUUCCAGUACGCUGCUGCCUGGUUAUGGGAUACCUACAACAACGUUACCGGUGAACUCGAAACUGGUCAACUUGAAAAUUUACCAGAAUUACAUGCAGCUGCCUGUGUGUUAAAGGCAGUAUGUACAGCGGAUGCUGCUCGAGGCAUUGAAACACUCAGACUUUCAUGUGGAGGGCAUGGAUACAUGACAUCUUCAAAUUUACCUUCGACUUAUGGAUUAGUUACGGCGAUGUGUACUUAUGAAGGCGAAAACACAGUACUUCUCCUGCAAACUGCUAGAUUCCUCAUAAAAUGCUGGCAAAAUCCUCAAAGCCUGCAAUCGUUACCUAGUUGCAAGUAUUUGGUACAUGCUCUAAACAAUAAAUUGCCUUUCCAGAAGUCAGUAGAUUGGAUUAUUAGUGCUUUGCAGAAAACUGCAGCAGGUAAAAUAGAGUUAGCAAAUCGACGCAUCAACGAAAGGGUCAACAAAGGAAUGGCUUACGAAGAUGCAUGGAAUAAUACAUCGAUCGAAUUGGUUCAAGCUGCGGAGUUACAUGGACGAACUCUUAUUGUAGAAAUAUAUUUAGCGACAAUUCAGAAGUUACAACAAAAAAUUUCAACAGAGCUUAAUACAGUUUUGAAUCAGCUACUUCAACUAUAUGCAGUUGACACAAUCUUGAGAUGUAGUGGCGACAUUCUAAAGUUCACCGAGCUACAAGGAAAAGACAUAGAAGCUCUGCAAACCUGGCUAGAAGAAUUGCUAACCCUCAUAAGACCAAAUGCCGUCGGUAUCGUAGACAGUUUCGACUUUAGGGAUGAAGUUUUAGCAUCAGCUUUAGGGUCAUAUGAUGGUAAUGUUUACGAGAGGUUACUCGAGGAGGCUCAAAAGAGUCCACUUAAUGCUGAACCGGUCAAUCAUAAAGUGUUAUCACCGUCUUAUCAUGAUUCACUAGAAGAUGGAAUAGGUAGAAAAAGAAGUUUUGUUGACCGAAAAAUAUAA